AAUGAGAUGAUAUAACGCGAUCUAAUGGCGGAAUUUUGCCCGGCGUGAUGCAGACAAGGUGAGGACAUGGGUGAAAACAUUGUGAAUCAAAUUGCGAAAAAUGCAAGCAAGUUUACUCCAAUUUUAAAUUGCAAUGGAUGAAUCGCUGGACAGCUGUUCCAUCUCUCAACUGCUUGUGUUCGUUAGAGGUGUGUGGAUGAAGACAUGAACAUAACACAAGAGCUGGCUUCCAUACAUAGCAUGGACGACACUGUUACCAGAGAGGAUAUUUUCAAUGAGUUGAAAAAAACAUUUGGACUGGACUAAUCUCAGUUACCUAAUUGUUGACGGAGGAAAUAACAUGAUUGGCAUAAAGAAAGGCUUGGUUGGACAAGUGAAGCAGAUGUGUAAUGAGAAAAAAAUUCUGCACCCCAUGUUCCUGCACUGUAUUAUUCAGCAGAAAGCUUUGUGUGCUAAAUAUGUUGACAUUAACAGCGUACUGAAUCAUCUGGUGAAGAUGGUGAAAUUAAAAGGUCUUAUGGGCUCAACCAUAGACAUUUCAGAGCCGUGUUGAAAGAUACAGAGUUAGAAUCGCAAGAUUGUCCAUAUUAAACAGCAAUAAGAUGGCUAAAUAGUGAGAAAGUUCUGAGCAGAGUAUUUAAGUUAAGAAUGGAAAUAGGUGACUUCCUGGAAAGUAAAGGCAAGCCACAGCUAUAAGUGUCUGAUGAAGAGUGGGUUUGGAAAUUGGUCUUUGAUGCAGACAUCACUAGUCAUUUACAUUUUCUGAACCUAAAAUUACAAGGAGAGGAAACUCUAGUUUCUGAUCUAUACACCCACCUAAAGGCCUUCAGAUCCAAACUCGUCUUGUUUUUUGGAACAAGUACAGGCCAACAACUUGACACAGUUUCAGCAGUGGACGGUCUUCAUGGCUGAAGCAACUGUGGAGUUCCUCACGUCAUUUGUAUGCGGGAUCGUCAACGAUCCCCAGCUGCAGUAUCAGCAGCGGUUUUCUGACUUGCAUUUAAAGGCAGAAGAAGUGAGACUUUUUCUAAACCCAUUUAAAGCUGAUGCGGCCAGUCGCUCAGAUGAACUGCACCUUGAGGUCAUUGAGUUGCAAGCAAAUGACCUCCUUAGGGACAAAUUAAAAGAAGGACUGGUGGGUUUUUAACUAGUUUUCGCCCAAGGAAGACUUUCCUAAUUUCAAAACAUUUGCAUCAAUGUACCUUUCAAUCUUCGGAAUGACAUACUUGUGUGAACAAACAUUUUCAAGAACGAAAUACGUGAAGAACAAUUUGAGAACAAAUUUGUCCGAUGAUAAUCUCAGGUCACUGUUGAUGUUAGGGACAUCAAAUCUAAAUCCAGAAAUGUCUGCUAAUCACUGCUAUUUUGGCAUCCAGGAAACAAUUUCAACAUUCCCACUAAUACAGGUGUUCAUGUGUCGUGUAUCAAUGUGUUAUAAAUAAUAACUGAAUGAAAUAAUAUUACAUAAAUGAUUAAAAACAACAUCCAUGUUUUGAUUUUUUUUAUUUGGACCUCGAGUGUGUAGUCGGCCCCUAACUGCUGUUUGAUAGUUAAUGCGGCCAUCGGCUGAAAAGUUUGGAGACCCCCUGGUAUAGAGAGAAAUGAUACCCCAUCAUGUCACCCCUCCCCAUUUCAAACCAGCAACCCCCCCCCAAUGGGUAACUACCACCCGUACCCUCGUGUGGGGGGAUUCCCCUACUCAUUCUUAGAAACAUUUCCAUAACACCAUCGUGUUUUGUUGUGUUCUCACUAUAAAAGCUGUGCGAUGUUAGGUCCAAAACCAGUUGAGCCAGAGACUGACCAUUUGAAGUAAGGAGACGCCCUGUUUUCUUUUACAUACACGCGCUGUUCAUCCAUCGACGCGAUACAAUGAUAUCAUCCAGCAGUUUGAGCCUGCUUAUCCUGAUUCUGACAGCGACGAAUAAUAUAGAUUUAUCAUACGGUAGGUUGAGGAUAAAGUAUAGUUUUUUUUUUAAAAGACGGAAUAUCGUAUAUUUUUCUCGCAGAGAAAAGUAAUGUCAAUUUUUUUAAAAAUUAACGACAGAAAUAAACAGUAAUUUAACCAAUUCUCCAGUAAGAUUGUGAAACGUUCGAAAUUUUCAUGAACAAAAUUUGCUUUAGGUCUGACCUGCCCUGGUCCUGUAGAAGAAGGUAGCACCGUGUACUUGACGUGCAGCACUGAGUCAACAGCAACAGAUUUUGUUUGGCAGCUGGAAGUGUCAGGCCAGUUCAAGGACGUGUCCAGGUGUCAGGUGACCCAAGAUUGUACCAACUCAAUGACUCCUGCCUUCAGCGCCACCCUUGAUCCAAGUGGUACAAAGAACACACAGUACGACAGCGUACUCACCAUUUCACGGGUCAGCAGGAACCAGACCAAGUUCAGAUGUUUGAGUGAAAUUUGCCAACUGGAAGUCUACGGUAGGUGAGAUAGAUACACUUAUCUCCCUCUCCCUCUCUCCCUCUCUCUAUUUCUUUCGCCACCAUUUGUCUCUCUAGCUGGUGCUUUUUCUCUCUUCCUAUCUCCACUCACUGUUUUCCCACUCUCUCACUUUCGUUCUCUCUUCCUAUCUCCACUCACUGUUUUCCCACUCUCUCACUUUCGUUCUCUCUUCCUAUCUCCACUCACUGUUUUUCAACUCUCUCACUUUCGUUCUCUCUUCCUAUCUCCACUCACUGUUUUUCAACUCUCUCACUUUCGUUCUCUCUUCCUAUCACCACUCACUGUUUUUCCACUCUCUCACUUUCGUUCUCUCUUCCUAUCUCCACUCACUGUUUUUCCACUCUCUCACUUUCGUUCUCUCUUCCUAUCACCACUCACUGUUUUUCCACUCUCUCACUUUCGUUCUCUCUUCCUAUCACCACUCACUGUUUUUCAACUCUCUCACUUUCGUUCUCUCUUCCUAUCACCACUCACUGUUUUUCAACUCUCUCACUUUCGUUCUCUCUUCCUAUCACCACUCACUGUUUUUCCACUCUCUCACUUUUGUUCUCUCUUCCUAUCUCCACUCACUGUUUUCCCACUCUCUCACUUUCGUUCUCUCUUCCUAUCACCACUCACUGUUUUUCAACUCUCUCACUUUCGUUCUCUCUUCCUAUCACCACUCACUGUUUUUCCACUCUCUCACUUUCGUUCUCUCUUCCUAUCUCCACUCACUGUUUCUCCACUCUCUCACUUUCGUUCUCUCUUCCUAUCACCACUCACUGUUUUUCAACUCUCUCACUUUCGUUCUCUCUUCCUAUCACCACUCACUGUUUUUCCACUCUCUCACUUUCGUUCUCUCUUCCUAUCUCCACUCACUGUUUCUCCACUCUCUCACUUUCGUUCUCUCUUCCUAUCUCCACUCACUGUUUCUCCACUCUCUCACUUUCGUUCUCUCUUCCUAUCUCCACUCACUGUUUUUCAACUCUCUCACUUUCGUUCUCUCUUCCUAUCUCCACUCACUGUUUUUCAACUCUCUCACUUUCGUUCUUUCUUUAUUUCUCUCAAGGUAUUUCACUGCCAUUCUCACUCUCUCUCAUACACACUUUAACACUUUCUCUCUUUAUCUCCCACCAUGUCUCUUGAUUUCCCUCUCUCCUAAUCUCAUUACUUUUCUAAUAAUUUAACAAAUUAAACAUUUUUCACGCUUUUUCUCACAUUUCUGCAUUCUCACUCCCUUCCUCUUUCUCCCUCUCUCUAAUUUUCCAUCAUUUGCACUUUCUCUCUCUAUCCCACGUCAUCUCACUUUCUUUCUAUCUUUUUUCUCCUUUUCACUCAUCCUCUCUUCCUACCAUAUCUUACAAUCUCUCGUGCUUUCACAAAUGCUAUUCCACUCUUUCUUACUUACUGGUGGUGGCAUUUUAGGCUCACCUCAGAAACUUUAAGUGGCUUAUUGUUUGUGUAUUACCUUUACAUUGUACUUUUAUUUAAUUCGGCGAGACAAAAUUAUGGGAGACUGCGAUCUGCUACUUGUCAUCUUUCGCGGAGAAAACGCUUUUCAAAAACAGUGCGGCUACUUCUCUCCGCGCCCCAAACCAACAACCAGAAAAAAAUCCUAAUAAAGACUGUUUGUAACAGUGGUCAGCUGCUAGCGAUAUAGAGUGUGGUAUGAUCAGGUACGCAACGUUUUAGCGAGAAGGCCAACAAAUGUAUGAUCAGAUACGCGAAGUUUUAGCGAGAAGACCAACAAUUGUAUGAUCAGAUAUGCCACGCUUUAGCGAGAAGACCAACAAUUGUAUGAUCAGAUAUGCCACGCUUUAGCGAGAAGACCAACAAUUGUAUGAUCAGAUAUGCCACGCUUUAGCGAAAAGACCAACAAUUGUAUGAUCAGAUAUGCCACGUUUUAGCGAGAAGACCAACAAUUGUAUGAUCAGAUAUGCCACGUUUUAGCGAGAAGACCAACAAUUGUAUGAUCAGAUACGCGAAAUUUUAGUGAGAAGGCCAGCAACUGUCUGUUUUAUACAUAAUACUUAUUACUUUAAAAAAACAAUAUUUUUUAUUUAGUGUAAAAAAUUCAACACAUUUACUGUUGAUUUAUUAUUGGAUAUAUUUUUUAAACAUUCUAACAUUUCAACUCUGAUCAACGGAGAUCCAAUUAUUCCUGUACUCUCUUACUUAGGAUUCACCAUACAAUCAUUACGUAAGCCCUACAAUCAUUACGUAAGCAUAUAGUUAUUACCUAACCAUACAGUCAUUAUGUCACAUUUAUCUCCAGUGAAGCCGGCCAAGCCCUAUUGUGAUGCAGCUGCUGCGCUCGGGAACUACGGCGCGCCUUAUCGUUCAUUUCUGGAAGUUAAAUGUACAACUGCUUCCAGUUACCCGCGAGCCACAUGUACUUUAAAUAGUGUAAGUUUGUACACAAUUGAUACAAAAUUAAAAUAAAAAAGAAGAAAUAGCGAACUUUAGAAAAGGUGAAGGUUGAUUAUUACAUUUUCGUGACACCACUAAACAACUAUUGAAUAAGGCCUAAUAAAAUGUUAUCGUCUGCAGACACUGUCCAGGGACCUGGUGGCACGUGGAUCACCCGGCUACACGUACACGCCGUUAGGGGAUGGUAACUACAUGACCAGAUGUGUCUACGCCAUACAUCUUGCCGGCUUCCAGACUGGUGUGCACUCCUUCACUUUGGUCAUGGCGUCUCAACUUUCGACGUUCGUCCCCAAUGCUGCAACUGACAUUGAAACUCUGCAGUCUAUAAAUAUUUGUAAGAUCGAAUAACAAUUUAUUAAAGUUAAAUAUAAUUUGUGCAAGUUCUACAGAAUAACCUCCACCUUCAAUGACACCGUUACGUCUGCCCUAAAGGUGAAUAAUCUUGCAGCCUUACUUUAACAAAAAAUAUCGUCCAACAUCACCAUUUUAGUAUCAAGAAAGUGUCCAAUGUAGGUCAACCAGAGGACCGUAGUUUAUAGUCAUAAGUAUUCUUUGACACAAGCUUCACAAUCAAUACCGAAACAGGCUUCCAUUUCCCAGUGUUCACAUCCAAGUAUGGCAUCUAUGUAAAUGAUUCCUUUUGUUUAUUUAGAAACAUAUUCCAGCAUCUAACAUAACGUGUUUUGUUGACUAUCACGGUAUAAAGCAAACCCUCCCCCCCCCUGGCAUUUUCUAAAUCCUAAUUAAAUGCCAUGUUUUAUUGCAGACGCUCCUUCUCUGACCCUGGACUCAGACUGCCCCGAGGGUAUCAUCAAGUCCGGUAUGUCCGCGACGUGUACCUGUAAAAUGACAGAUCCAGGCUAUCCAGAAGGAUGGGUCCAGUGGUACACGUCAUCAAACAGAUCGAUCGGCAGCGCAUCUGGUGAUAAUUUUAAGACCAUCAUUUUGACCUACAACCCUCAAAGUAAAUUUUUUACUGUCAAUUUAAGUACUGUCGGACCAGGUCCAGUCUUAGAAGAAUUUUGAAAUACAUAUUUUCCAUAUUCAGAAAAAUAUCAAAAUUACAUUCUUAUAUGUAAUAAUUUGUACUUACUGAUUCACAGAUCCUUGUCCCACAUUUGAAUGCUCCCCUCAAUCAGCUCUAGGACGCUUGACCCCGGGGUUGUCGUACGCCCCAAGUUUUGAAGGUCAGAGUUAUCUCCCUUUACUCCUUCAUGUUUAUUUAAGAGACUAUCAUAUCAUAGAGGAUCCAGGAACGGGAGAGUUAAUGUUUAAAUUUAUUCCUCUUUCAAAAUAAGUGACGUAUUUUAAAAAAAAUGUUUUAUUGAAAGUCUUAAGUACAGCAUCAUUUAAAUAGUGUGUGCUAACUGUCUUGCAGGGUGUGGGGUGGAGACCGACCGAAAGGGAUUCUCUGAUUUCGUCCGAAACCAGACCGAAAGUUAAAAAUGACUUUCGGCCGAAACAGAAGCGGAAACCAAAAGUUUAAGAUAUUUUAAAUUUCGUUCCCGCAUACAUUCUGCAUACAUAGAAAAACAGAUAGCGAAAGUAUCCAUAUUUACAUUAUUUUCUUAAAAAAAUAAGAUUAUCGUGAAUAUUAAUCAAUAAACAUCUCAGAAAUAUCUUAACGUUUACCAUUUAAAUUAAAAACUAAUUUAAAAUUGUUAACAUUUUAUUUGAAAUUAGUGGGAUAAGAGAAAAUUUUGAUUGGGGGGAGGGACAAAUUCAUGCAAAAUAGACAAAAUAGACAAUUGAGUGCCCUUUGCAUUUUACAAUUUUACACAUUUAAUUACAUCUCAAUCGAAAGCCUAAACCGUAAGAGUAAACCUUUCUGCAUUAGGUCUACUACACAAUUACUAUACGAACCAGUGAUGCAUACACACGUGAGUGCAUUUAAUACUCUAUUCCCAUAAUUUUUGUCUCUCCAGAAAACUACUUAACUUUGACUAGACCUAAUUAAAAUUUAAUUUUUGGAAACAACUGAAAAGUAGGUCUUGAUGCAGCUGUGAGCAGUUUUCGCAGAGGAGUAGUCAUAAAACAUGCGGCAGUAAGACGUCGAGCAAAAAUUAAUAUCGGAUAGUUGGUCUAAAGCACGACCGUCUGAAUUCUGGUAGACGCCCGAAAGCCUCAAUCACUUUUGACCAGGUGGCAGACGAGUCUCAAUCUUUUUCGGAGGAAACCGAGAAAAAAACGAAGUUAAUUUUCUGUUACGGUCAAAAUCGAUAAAAAACCGAACGUUAACAUUUCCGCUUCGGCCUAUGCCCAAAGUUAUCGAACGGCAACUUUAGUGCCGAAACCGAAACCGAAGCUGAAAUUCGGUCGGUCUUAAUGUGAUGAUGGCGAAUAGAUAAUAGGUGUUCGGGAUAAUAAAAUGAUGAGUAAGUGAUAGCGGAAUGAUGGGCUAUUAGAAUAGCGCAAUUCUAUUUGUGCGAAUAGUGAAUUAUUGGAGGUUGGUAAUAAUGAAAUACUCGGGUUUGAAAAAUAAGGUGAUUGGUUUGCAAAGUGAGAUGUCAUAUUUUGGGUUGGAGAAAUAAGUAAUGCCAACAGCAUUUCUUUUUUGCUAAUGCUGCAAAUUACCAGCUUUAUAAAAAGUAUUUACAUAUAUUUUUUGAUAUAUUUUUUUAAAAAUAUUUACAAUGUAGAGAAUGCUGGAGGCUGUCCAAGCAACAGAGUCAUUCCGAUCAGCCAGGACAAUUCCUCAGAUUUGAUUAUUGGAAUAUCAGUCACAGUCGGCUGCGUCUUAAUUGCUCUCAUCCUGGGCGGUAUUGUCUUUAUCUUGAUCAAGAGAAGAGGGUGGAAGAGUACAAAAAUUCCAAGAAGAGGGAGCACACCUUCAACUACUGCACCUUCAAUUACUUCAUCUUCAACUACAGAUGUAACUUACUCUCAAAAACAUGGAUGUAAGUAAAUCGGACAGGGGGGAUAAAUAAACUUAAUUUUUACGAAACAUUAUAAGCUAACAUUGUCAACUAAGUGAAAGAUCCAGGCUGCUUAAUGUCAGGUUAGGUAGAUAUAUGGAUAGAUAGAUAGAUAGAUAGAUAGAUAGAUAGAUAGAUAGAUAGAUAGAUAGAUCGAUAGAUCGAUAGAUAGAUAGAUAGAUAGAUAGAUAGAUAGAUAGAUAGAUAGAUAGAUAGAUAGAUAGAUAGAUAAAUGUACUAUUGUCUGACUGAGUGAAAAAAAAGGGGGAGGUGUAAGGAGCGCGUAAAUAAAUGUGCCCCAUUAAAGUUGUUUUUUUACCCCACACUAUAUUUUCAGCCGUCCGAUCCAUGGAAUCUGGUGUUCUCAGCAUAAAAUCUGCUGAGCUCGACUCGGAACCUGGUGUUGCCAGAGUGGGAAUCUAUGGUGAGAAUAUUGUCAAUGAUUGUUAAAAAAAAAUUUGAACCCCCCCCCCCCUCUAUUUUAGUGACAUUUGUUACAGUAACUUAUUCUGUUGGAACUGUUCUUUUAUUUAUUACCUUUUUUAGACCAGCUUUCUGACAGCAGUUCUGCGUACAACAGGGAUCAAACACUCUACACACAGGGUAAGUCUACAACUAAUUAUUUAACCAUUAGAAUAGACUUCUAAGAGAAUUUUGUAUACUCAGCAGAAUUUAGAAGGACGUAUAAUUUCCAAAUCGUAAUUUAUUUCAGUACUAAGGAAACAGACACAUGAUAUUGGUAGCCUUAUAAAGCGUGCACAUGCACACCAAAUCAAAGAUAUUGCAUUUAGCAAGCCCCAUUCUUGCUAAUCAGAAUUAAAAUUUAAAAAGAAACAAACACACACACACACACAGAAGCAACUAGUACUUUAUUCAUUGUCUGUUCUGAUUUUUUUAGAAAAAAAAGUUCCUUGUAUUUUCUUGCUCCAUUUAGAUCAAUGGUACCUAAAAAAUCGGUCAAACUAAUUAGAACAUUUGGGUUGAAGAGUUGUAUGCUAUUUAUUCUCUCUCUAGCAUCCAGACCGCGAGUUUCUACUGCCACAAACGGGGUUUACCCAGGAAGUGUCGUAAACAGCAUCAGAAGCGCAGCUGGUGAGUGUCUUUGCUAAAGAAGUGCCCCCUAAAAAGUCCAUUUGAUUUCUCCUAAAAGACAAUUGUAUACAGUGGCUUCUCCUGAAAAUGUGCGAUUGAGAAUUGGGAUGAAAAAAAAUGGGGACAGGGGGGGGGGGGUAAACACAAAAUAAUAUGUACACUAUUGUACACCAACCGUUUAAAAUCGCUAUUCAAUCAUAUAUUACACCCUUAUCUUUAAUUGUUUGAACGCUUUUUUAAUAUAUAUCUCUCUCUCUCUCUCUCUCUGUAUAUAUAUAUAUAUAUAUAUAUAUAUAUAUAUAUAUAAAUAUGAAGUGAUGUCAGCUUUUCGAAAUUUGCAAGUUAUCUCCCGUGUGGCUAAAUUCCAUUCAUUAGAAUAUUAUGACACAUUGGUCGAACUGAAAAAGCAGCGUAGUCAAUCAAUAAAUAUUUAGAAAUUUUGACAUUUUGUCAUUUUUAUACUUUUAUGAGUAAUUUUCAAACUUCAUUAUCAAUUUUCUCAAAACUCUCAAAACCUGACAUCACUGGUUUUUCCCUUGAACCCUUCAUAUAUAUAUGCUGGCUGGGUGGCCAAAUUGUCUAAAUGGAGCAAACCUCAAGUUGGUGGUCUGGUGUUCAAGUCCAGCCAAAGGCCAGUCAAGCAAAAACAUCACCCCGGGUGGCUGAGACUCGUUAACCUUGGUCCGGCAACUCAUCUAAGAGAAGGAAACUCUGAAUUCAAACCCGGAGUUGGAGUCCAGUAAGGCGCAAACAAUGACAAAUCCUGCAACCGAACCCAUCCCUGGUCGUCCUGACGAGUCCUGCCACUGGAUAUGGUGGGCUCGGACGAGAGAGUGAGGUAGACGCCACGCAACUCCUCUUCACUUUAAACAAAGUCACCCGCGCAAGUCAUCAGUCACCAGACGACUCGAUGGUCCUCGUCGAUCCUCGACGGACGAACAAUUAAAAAAAAAUAUAUAUGUCUAUAUUUACAUACAUGUCUAUAUUUACAUACAUGUCUAUAUUUACAUACAUGUCUAUAUUUACAUACAUGUCUAUAUUUACAUACAUGUCUAUAUUUACAUACAUGUCUAUAUUUACAUACAUGUCUAUAUUUACAUACAUGUCUAUAUUUACAUACAUGUCUAUAUUUACAUACAUGUCUAUAUUUACAUACAUGUCUAUAUUUACAUACAUGUCUAUAUUUACAUACAUGUCUAUAUUUACAUACAUGUCUAUAUUUACAUACAUGUCUAUAUUUACAUACAUGUCUAUAUUUACAUACAUAUCUAUAUUUACAUACAUAUCAUAUUUACAUACAUGAAUAUAUUUAAUCCUUACUUUAAUAUACUUCAGGUAAUUUUGUUGUUGUUUUUUUCCUCGCUGCGUUCCGCUUUUCCCGUAAGCACUGACACACUUGAAAGACAAUGACAAACUUGAAAGACAAUGACAAGCUUGAAAGACAAUGACAAACUUGAAAGACAAUGACAAACUUGAAAGACAAUGACAAACUUGAAAGACAAUGACAAACUUGAAAGACAAUGACAAACUUGAAAGACAAUGACAAACUUGAAAGACAAUGACAAACUUGAAAGACAAUGACAAACUUGAAAGACAAUGACAAACUUGAAAGACAAUGACAAACUUGAAAGACAAUGACAAACUUGAAAGACAAUGACACACUUGAAAGACAAUGACAAACUUGAAAGACAAUGACAAACUUGAAAGACAAUGACAAACUUGAAAGACAAUGACAAACUUGAAAGACAAUGACAAACUUGAAAGACAAUGAUAAAGCAAAUGAUCGCCAUAAUUAAUAACCUUUAGAUCAGCGCUUUCUAAACUUUUUUAUUCACUACCCAGAAGGGAGUUGGAAAAAAACAACAACUUUAUUCACCACUAGUAAAGAUAGUAAAGUUCUGAUAUAAAACAAUCUUCUCUCUUGAGUUCGGCAACAGAGGUCUUAAUUAAGACAUAGAAAUAAUUUAUCAUUACGGCGUGUUUAGACACAGAAAUAAGGUAUUAGUUCGACCCCCAGAGGUCUUAAGUUUAGAGAUAUAAAUAAAUUCAGCAACAUAUGUCUUAAGGUAAGACUAGAGUUUCGAUGUACACUCGCUGAUAAAACUAAAAAAGGUAAUGGGAAAAAGUGUGACAUGGCUUAACCACGCCAAAAAAAAAAAAAUUAAAUUAUUUUUCAAGUGUACCUAAUUUCGAGGAGUAUUUAUGUAAUGUAUAGGCAACAAAUUUCAUAUUCCCUUGAAUCUCGCAGAUUCAUUCCUUUAGUGAGUAAAGGUUUAUAAAAAAAUUAAGGGAUGUUUUAAACAGCACUUAGUGCCAACAAAGAUGAGUUAAAUACAACGUUGGGAAGUAUUGUUAACAAAAUUAUGUCUUUACUGUGUUACGAAAUCCUGCUGUUGUCAUAAGCUGUUCUAGUAGCUCCUGUUUAGUCUAGGUCGUAAUUGUGUAAGUCUCAUCACACAGUUAGCAACAACACCAAGACUAAUAUUUCUUAAGGUUCUUUAUUUACAACUGCUCAGCAUGAUUUCUUCCUUCCAAUCUCUCUCUCUCUCUCUCUCUCUCUCUCUCUCUCUCUCUCUCUCUCUCUCUCUCUCUCUCUCUCUCUCUUUCUUUUUCUCUCUCUCUCUCUCUCUCUCUCUCUCUCUCUCUCUCUCUCUCUCUCUCUCUCUCUCUCUCUCUCUCUCUCUCUCUCUCUCUCUCUUAAUCUUUCUCUCUCACUCUCUCUCGCUCUCUCUCUUCUUCUUCUUCUAUAUAUCAAGGGCCUACGAUCAAUGUAGAGAUCGUUUUGGCUCCUAUGUCGUAUGUAGAGGCGAUUCGCAAAGUUUGUGCGCCUGUUAUUGAAGAGGAUAUAUCACUGGUUGCAAGCGCUGCCUGACGGUUGGAACGCCAGAGACAAUAGACGUGAAUGUGUCAAGUGUUGAUGCCUCAACUGUUCCUUUUUGGAAGCUCGUUUCAGUCCUAAUUUUUAUCUCUCUCUCUCUCCUCUCCCUUUCUCUCUCCCCUAUCACUCUCCCUCCCUCUCUCUCUGCGUUAAAUUAUUAAACGAUUAUUACGGGCAGAGUUAUUUCUCAUCCCCCCCCACCCCCCCAAAAAAAAACAAACAAAAAAAAAACCAACAAAAAAACUCACAACAAACCAACAACAAAAGCUACACAAAAUCUGCACAUAAUAUUUCAAUGGUCUUUCCCUCUCUCUCUGCGUUAAAUUAUUAAACGAUUAUUACGGGCAGAGUUAUUUCUCAUCCCCCUCCACCCCCCCAAAAAAAAACAAACAAAAAAAAAACCAACAAAAAAACUCACAACAAACCAACAACAAAAGCUACACAAAAUCUGCACAUAAUAUUUCAAUGGUCUUUGAGAUCAUGAAUAUAUUUAAAAUAUUUAUCUAGAGCUAGCUGACAAAAAAAGCAUAGAUCAUAGUGUUUAGAUAUUUUUUGAUACUUAUUGUCAUACUUUAUUACUUUUAAUUAUUUUUGUCCACAGAAAAUUUCACUCCCCACGACUAAGUGGACCGUUGAGAUCACAGUAAUCAAUCUUUCUGUUAGUCUUAGAACUGUCACACAAUUCUAGAUUUCUGUUAUGGACACUGGCUCAUAUAAUAAUAUUGUAAUAUGACAUACAUGUUUAAUAAUAAUAAACAGUGACAUAAAUUUUGUCACUCAUUAUUAGAUUCCCUUGCAUUUUAAGUUUCAUAGUAUGAUGUCCCAGGGGAUCCAGGCACUGAACCGUAUCAGUGGUUCUCACUAUUCUCAUGUUGCUAUAGACACUUUGGUAUUUUAUAUACUUUUUAUCUGGUCUCUAAGAUAAGACAGACUUUGAUAAAUAUAGGCUAAAGAAAAUCAAACAUGGCUCAAGUCAAAUGCAAUGGCUCAAGUCAAAUGAAAUGGCUCAAGUCAAAUGCAAGGGCUCAAGUCAAAUGAAAUGGCUCAAGUCAAAUGCAAGGGCUAAAGUCAAAUGAAAUGGCUCAAUUCAAAUGAAAUGGCUCAAGUCAAAUGUAGUGAAAGAUUUUAAGAAUUGGAUUUUGAAUAUUGUCUUUUGGGACAAAAAUCGUUAGUAUGAAAUUUAAAAAUAAAAAAAUUUCUGAGUUAACAUAUCUAAAAAAAUUUUUUUUAAAUUAAUAGUUCUGUAAUUUUCAUUAACAUUUUGUAAAAUUUUAAAGAUUUUCCAAGUUAACAUUGCCUUUUUGUGUGUACAUACCAAUUAUUCAAUAAUUGUAGAUGAGUUGUUGUUAUUUUUGUGUAUGAUCAAUCAUUUAACAUUUUAAUUGAACAAUAAUAUAUUAGACAACUUAUAAAUAUAUUUGCACAACUUGCAUACAGUUGUAGUUCCUUCGUUGUUAAUAAACAAAUAGCAGUUUUUGUUUUGUUGACUUUAAUAUAAUCAUACUGUAAUAAUUUAUGAAAUAUCUCCAAUUUUUGAUGAGAUGACAACAGUUUAUUAGAGAGAAUAUUUCGUGUGAUAAUUUUGUUGCUGCUCUUCAUGUAGUUAUAAAAGGGAAUACAAAACCUUUCAUUUUUCAAUUGUUUGUAGUGUCUUCCUCACGUAUGACAUGAAAACGCCAAUGGCAUAUGUUAAACAUUAUUAUUACUGGU